CUGCCUAGAAUACGAAUCAACUCAAUCACCUNAAAAAAAAAAAAUGGAGAAUAAUUAUCCUUUCUUCAUCUUCUCUACUCUGCUUAUUACAAUACUCAGCAGCACCAUUAACAGUAUAACUUUCUUAGCCGCCACAACCGACAAAAACGCACUUGUCCAAUUCAAAACUUCCAUCACCUCCGACCCUUACCGUCGCUUGGCCACAAACUGGUCGACCGACACAAAUUCCUCUGUUUGUGAAUGGAUUGGUGUUUCGUGUGGCACCAAACACAAUAACAGAGUCACGGGACUUGACAUUUCCGGUUUUAGCCUCAGAGGAACUCUGUCACCACAUCUUGGGAACUUGACGUUUUUAAGAUACUUAAACAUCAGUUAUAAUAAUUUCACGGGGCCCAUACCCCGUGAGCUGUCUCAUUUGCGUAGGGUGAGGUCUAUAGAUAUGGGAUUCAACUCAUUCGCCGGACAAAUACCAACCUGGUUUGGAGCAUUUCAUCAGCUCGAGGUAUUACGUCUGAAUAAUAACACGUUCACGGGCAGAAUACCAUAUGGUAUCUUCAAUAUGUCCUCCAUGAGAGAGAUUUGGAUUAGAUCUAACCACUUGUCGGGUGAGCUCCCAAGCGAUAUGUGCAAUAAUCUUCCCAACCUUAAGGUGCUUGAACUCGGAGACAAUCAAAUGGAAGGCCACGUUCCACCAAAUAUAGGCAAGUGUAGAGAGCUUCAGAUCCUGUGGUUAUCACACAACCAAUUCAAUGGUGAAAUCCCAAGUCAAAUUGCAAGUUUGAGCAUGCUUAGGGAGUUGUACCUGGGCUCCAACAACUUUAAAGGCUCCAUACCCCAAGAGCUGUCCCGCUUGCAAGGCCUGCAAAUUCUAGUUUUAGAUAACAACCAGUUAACGGGCUCCAUUCCACGUGGCAUCUUCAGUCUUCCAUCCAUUAGAAUGAUGAGGAUUUCCAACAAUUACCUCUCGGGGUCAAUACCAAAGAAAAUUGGAAAUUGUACGUACUUGAAGGAAAUAGACCUUUCUUACAACAAUUUGACAGGUAUGAGCUAUUUU